AUGGAUUAAUAAGUUUCGUUGCAACCAAAGGGGCGUAUUGGCCUUUCAGGUUGGACUUGCAUCUUCUUGGCCACCUUGUUACAUACAUUUAUACACUAACCAUAAUCAAUCUCAGAAUUUACAUUUCUGUUCUCCAACAUCAUAGCUCCUUAUCCUUUCCCUUUUUUCCACAACGUUCAAAACUACGAUGGCAACAAUCAGAAAAGGGAAUGCGGUGAUAGUGACCCGAUAUGUAGAGAAGCCGAGGAGAAUAGCAGCCAAUCAUCAUCACCAUCACCACCACCACCACCACCAUGUUCAUCACACCAUCAAAAGAGCGGUAAUUCAUUGUGGACAUGGUGCUAAAGGUAAAAGAUUCAUUAACAGGAGAGCUGAGCUCCUUCAGUACUCUCACCGCCUUCGGCAAUCUGCAAGACUACCUGUGCUACAGACGACAAGUUCUGCCAACAAACACAAGUCUCCUCUAACCAAAGCAGUCAAUACUCAAAGAAAGCCGAAGGAUGGUGUAGCCUCAACUUGCUUUGGCAAUUGUAAACUAAUGAUUCCAAACAUUUUCAAACUUCUGAGUUUCCAAACUAAGAAAGCAAGUGCCAAAAAGAAGACAAGUAAUAAGAUUAAAGAAUUUAUGAAAAGCUUAGAGGGACGAAAGCGGCGGGGGUUUCUCUCUAAACUGUCCCUCACAUCCAGAAAGCAUAGAUGAAAGUCUGUAUCUCAUUAGCUAAUUAGAAGGAUUAUGACUAACAAAAGACUAAGAAAGAAGAACGAAUGAGCUCUAUCCAAUACUUACAGGUUUCGAAGCUGCCACUUUAUGUGACUACUUGCUGAAUUUUUUUCAUCUUUUCAGCAAGACAUUAACAAAAUUGUCUGAGUGGAUUAGUUCACAGGAAAUGUUAGAGCCAGUUUAUCAUUUGGAGAUAUAAAGCUCAUGCACAUGCAAAUGCAGAAGUUUAAAAUCCAAAGUGGCACUACAAUGUUGUAUCACAAAUGGAGAAACAACUUAUCAUUUAGUACACUUACCAAAUUACUUGGUGUACCAAAAGAUAAUGCAAUUCAUGCUGCAAACCUCGGUGACACAGAAAGCGAUGCUCACAAAAUUGGCAAAAGCAUGAAGACAGUUAAAGUUGGCGUAUAACUAGUAUAACUCUAUACACUUUUGUAAGCUUGUAAACAGAACAGAAUAGCUGAUAAUUACUGUAAGAUUAUUCUUUUCUCAUAUUUUACCAUAGCUACACUUCGUAAACAAAUCAUGUGAUAACUGUAUAAUGUGUCAAUGAAUUGAAGUCAUGUAAUUUGAUAAUUUUAGUCAGUAAUACAUUACUGCAUUGCUUCUGGGCAGUUCUAGUU